ACAUACGGAUCACAGGAGCAUCAACAAAACUCAAUUUGAGAGACCAUGAGCACCCAGUUCAGCAAAGGACCCACAUUUGGACUCUCGGCUGAUGUCAGGAAUAAGCUGGCACAGAAGUAUGACCCUCAGACGGAGGAGGCCCUGAGGAUCUGGAUCCAUGAGGUCACAGGUCGAACGGUUCCUGACAACUUCAUGGAGGGACUGAAGGAUGGCGUGAUCCUGUGCGAGCUGAUCAACAAACUGCAACCUGGAUCCGUUCCAAAGGUCAAUGAUGCGACCCUGAACUGGCACAAGUUAGAGAACAUCACUCACUUUAUUCGAGCCAUCGGUGAAUACGGCCUGAAACCACAUGACAUCUUUGAGGCCAAUGAUCUUUUCGAGGACAUGAACCACACCCAGGUCCAGUGUUCCCUCGUUACAUUGGCUGGAGUGGCGAAGACUAAAGGCUUCUACACAAAAAGUGACAUCGGUGUGAAGUAUGCAGCAAAAAAACUAAGGAAAUUCAAUCCUGACAAGAUGAAAGCAGGGGAUAGCAUUAUCAGCCAGCAGAUGGGCUCCAACAAAUUUGCAAGCCAAAAGGGCAUGACCUCCUAUGGAACCAGGCGCCAUCUCUAUGAUCCCAAUAUAGGCAUGGAGAAACCAGCGGAUCGAUCCACUAUAAACCUCCAAAUGGGCACCAACAAAUGUGCCAGCAUGGCUGGAAUGUUUGCUCUUGGCACGGCGAGACAGGUGACAGAAAAGAACGUGAAUCUAGACCCUGUGGACUCUACAACUGUGUCUCUGCAGAUGGGAACCAAUAAAAUGGCGUCUCAGAGCGGCCUCACCCCGAUGGGAGGCUCACGUCUAGUGUACGACCACAAAUACUGCGCCAAGCCUACUGAACAAGACGCCAUUGAUUUUGUUCAUUAAUACACUUACUCUCUGGUAUUCAGCAUUGGUAGAUGAUGUCCUUUUCUCCUGAUCCCAGACCAGCUUAACUAAAACAAAUAAUCAUCUUUAUGUGGCUAAUGAAUUAUAGGCAUUCACUGCUUAAUUAGAGAAUCAAUUAAGCUGCUCUUUGGUUAGUUUAAAGGUGAUCACCACACAAAAACUCCAAAUCGACUGGUUUAGGUGCUUCAUUAUGAGUCA